AUGGAUGUCGACGAACCCCCUGUGAAACCCGAGGCGAGCGCGAGCAUCGGCGCCGACCCCGAUCCGAUCGUGGCCAGCUACAAUGUCUACACAAACCCCACGCUCCCGACCAACCGCAAGCUGCUGAUCCUCCAGCACCCGAACAAGGCCAACGGCGGCACCAACUCGUACGCACAACUACGCGAGGUCCGCAUAAAGCCGCGGUCGGGCAUGCUCGAGGUCGACGUGCCCAUCAGCCACGCCCACGCCGACUACGACCGCGACAAGGGCCAGCGCUGGGGCGGCGCCCUCGCCAAGAGCGCCGCGGCCAAGAGCGGCGGGACCCAGGGCCUGGCGGGCGGCUUCGGCGUCGGCGUGCCAGCCUCGAGAGGUGGUAGCAGGCGUCGCGGCGGUGACGACUAUGAACGCCAGAUCGAUAUGUUGGACUGGGCCGAGGCUGUCCGCCAGGAUACGGUGUUGCGCACGCAGACGCUGGGUGGACAGCUGCCGCGUGAGACAGGGGUGGACUGCCGUUGGAUGGUCGGUGUGUUCAAAGGAGAUCAGCUCCACCUCACGCCCGCAACCGCACUCAUCCAACUACGCCCUCAACUGCACCACCUCGACGCCCUCGCCGAGCAGGACCGCCGCGCAGCUUCCAACGCGACAGGCAAAGACGCCCCCGCAGCUCCACCGGCAGCCGCACGAGCCAUCCACAUGUCGAUCAAGAGCGCGGGAUCCGGCAGCGGCGAGAUGGUCACCGAGACUAUGGCCGACCGCCUGCGCGGGGUGCAGAUGGAGUCGUGGAGCAAGCUCAAGUACGACGACGAGGAAAGCGACAAGGCGUGGGACCUGUUCCACGGCAACCUGCUGUACAAGGGCGCCAAGUCGCAGGAGACCAACAAGGACGAAGAUAGCAAGGACAAGGGCAAGGGCAAGGCCCCCGUCAGCAUAAUGGACUUGGACGACGUCAACGAUCCACAGCAACUCAAGGUGCAGUGGGGCUCGGGCGAGUACCUGCGCAUGGUCAGUGGGAUGAAGGAUGGCCCUGAUGGCGGCGAGCAGCCGCCCGAGGUCUCCGAGAUUAAGAAAGAAGAAGAAGAUGCCCCGGCGGCGAGUGGAGCUGCGAAGAAGACGACUGCGGCCAAGGGGAAGGCGAGGGCCACUCCGGCGAAGGCCACUCCCGCGGCUGCCAAGAAAACCGCCAACUCGAAGGGCAAGUCUGUCGCAUUCAAGGGUACCACGGCGAUGGACAUAGACAAAUGA